GAGCAAGCGGUUAAACGUUGUUUGGAUUUAUCUAAUUAUAUUUUAUCUUUAUUUCCUCAUCAUUGAAUAAAUAAAUAAAUAACGAAGACAGCAGGAACAAUGGAAUCCAGGCUCACAACAAAAUGUAUUCCACCACCAGAUCGUAUAUCGAAAAAAAUCUGUUUCAUAAUGAAUAAUAUUACUGAGUGUAAUUUAAAACGUCAAGUUGAUGAAGUCUUUUCCAUUAUGCCACAUCAUUUUAUUCAAUGGUUAGCUGAUUCAAUUCUACGACGUGUUGCUUCUGAGCCAAAUCUACAUGAUUUAUAUGCUGAAUUUGUUCUACUCAUCUCAGAACGUUAUACAAAUUUUAGUACAUUCAUGUUAGAAAUACUAACUAAAGAAAUUGAUUAUAUCUUAAAAUUACCAAAUCUUGAUACGUGUAAUGGUAAAGCAUUGAAACAUCUUGGUGGAUUUUUAGGUCGGUUAACUAUAGCACGGGAUAUUCCUUUAUGCGUUGAUAUUAAAUCAUUAAUUUAUACAACAUUUAAAAAUAAACCCAAUUCAUUGGAUUGUAUUAUACCGUUUAUUUCAGAAAUAUUAAAAAAUACUAAAUAUAGUUAUCAAAUUAAACCAUCAAAUCCAUGGGUUAAAGAAAUUUUACAAGUAAUUAAAGAAUUACAUCAUAUUACAAAUAAAUUAACAAUUCAAUUUGAAGUAGAAUUAUUAUUUAGUUUUCUUGACUGUGAUAUUAAUGAAUUGAAUUCAGCAUAUUAUCUUCGACGAAAUAUGAAUAAUGAGACCAAUAAUAAUAAUAACAAUAGUAAUGAUGACAACUAUUCAUAAAAGGAGUGAUAACAAUAUUGAACAAGAUCAAAUACUGAGCGCACACACACGCACAUGCCCAUGUUCAUGUAUACAUGUGGAACUACACACUUUUACAAACACACACACACACAUGCAUACAUAUUACAUAACUGAACGAAAUAACCAGUCUCAUGAGCC